AUGGUGGUCUGCAAAUGUCGCAAGGCUACUAAGCUAUAUUGCUUCGUGCACAAAGUUCCUGUAUGUGGAGAAUGUAUCUGUUUCCCGGAGCAUCAAAUCUGCGUGAUACGGACGUAUUCGGAAUGGGUUAUAGAUGGAGAGUAUGAUUGGCCGCCUAAAUGCUGUAAGUGCCAAGGCGUUCUAGAAGAGGAGAGUGGAUCUCAAACUACUCGACUUGGUUGCUUGCAUGUUAUACACACAAAUUGCUUGAUCUCACAUAUCAAGAGCUUUCCUCCACAUACCGCUCCAGCAGGAUAUGUGUGUCCUUCAUGCCCCACUUCGAUAUGGCCUCCCAAAAGCGUGAAAGAUUCAGGAUCUCGUCUUCAUUCCAAGUUGAAGGAAGCUAUCUUGCAGACGGGUAUAGAAAAGAAUAUCUUUGGAAAUCAUCCAAUUUCUUUGUCAGUGACAGAAUCACGUAGUCCUCCACCUGCUUUUUCGUCUGAUCCAUUGAUUGGUCGGGAAAAUGUUGGAAACUCAGAGUCAGUAGAUGGAUCAGAACUUUCUAAACUUUCAGUUUCAGAUAUUGUGGAGAUAGAUGGUCCUAAUUCAGGAGGAAAUUUCAUGAAAAGCUCAAGUCCAGUUGGUCCUGGUGCUACCACAAGGAAGGGAUCACUCCAUGUUGACCGACAAAACUCUGAAAUCUCAUACUAUGCUGAUGACGAAGAUGCGAAACGCAAAAAGUAUACAAAAAGAGGUCCAUUCCACCACAAGUUUCUUCGAGCAUUGCUUCCUUUCUGGUCCAGUGCUUUGCCUACUCUUCCGGUGACUGCACCACCUGUAAGGAAAGACGGAUCAAAUGGACCCGAAGCCCCAGAAGUUCGUGCACGGCAUCCAAAGUCAUCAAGAAUGGACCCGAGAAAAAUUCUUCUACUGAUUGCAAUCAUGGCGUGCAUGGCAACUAUGGGUAUAUUGUAUUACAGACUUGUACAACGAGGUCCCGGGGAUGAGCUUCUUAAUAAUAAUAAUAAUAAUAUUAAUGAUGAAUGA